ACGGGCCCCCGUAGCACAGCCCUUCUCGCGAACUCCGCGUCUUAUUGGUGGCGGGAGAAGUGGGCGGGUCCACUGCGCAGCCCGAGGAAGAGGGCGGCGGCGUUGGCGGGGACGGAACGAAGCCCGGUGACAGGAUGGCUGGGCACAGAUUGGUGUUGGUCUUAGGAGAUCUGCACAUCCCACACCGCUGCAACAGCCUGCCGGCGAAAUUUAAAAAGCUCCUGGUGCCAGGGAAAAUCCAGCACAUUCUCUGCACUGGAAACCUUUGCACCAAGGAGAGUUAUGACUAUCUCAAGACUCUGGCUGGUGACGUCCACAUCGUAAGAGGAGACUUCGAUGAGAAUCUCAAUUAUCCAGAACAGAAGGUUGUGACUGUGGGGCAGUUCAAGAUCGGUCUGAUCCAUGGACACCAAGUUAUUCCAUGGGGAGACAUGGCUAGCUUGGCCCUGCUGCAGAGGCAGUUUGAUGUGGACAUUCUUAUCUCAGGACACACACACAAAUUUGAAGCAUUUGAACAUGAAAAUAAGUUCUACAUUAACCCAGGUUCUGCCACUGGAGCCUAUAAUGCCUUGGAAACAAAUAUUAUUCCGUCGUUUGUGCUGAUGGACAUCCAGGCUUCCACAGUGGUCACUUACGUCUAUCAGCUCAUUGGAGAUGACGUGAAAGUAGAACGAAUUGAAUACAAAAAAUCUUAAAGCUAGGCUUGUCUUGAUCAUUUUGUUUUGUUUUUUCAUUUUCUUGUUCAAAUCAAUUAAUUAAACACUUAUGAGGCACACAGUUGUAUCACUUUUAUAAUAUUUUGCACUAAAAAGUCUUCUCUGUUUAAUACAUAGUUGCUCUAAGCUUCUUGUAAACUGUAAGAAUAUACUUAGUUUGCAGUAUAUGAUUUCUAUGACAAGAAGUCCACCAUACAGUACAGGGCCAUGUUAGAAAAAUGUAUCUUUGUAAAUAUCUUCCUUCUUGGUAUUUGGACUUCAUUAUGAAACUAGUGCAUGAAGAGAAAGAAUCCAGAAUUUCUGUGUAUGUUUUCUCUUCUCUGGUAAUAAAUGUUUACCUUCCAUUUAGA